ACGGUGAUAACUAAAGAUGAUUGCUGUGCUCAUUUUGAAUGAAGUGAUACAUUUACAGUGUGUUUUAUUAAUUUAAAUGCAUAUGUGCCUACUGUCUGUAACUGCAAAGCAAUGAGGCCAUGAGGCAGAUGUGCACAGGCAGGUCCAUUGUUCAGGUGCCAGCAGAUCUGUCAACAUGUUCUCCUGUCACAUUCCCUUGUCUCUGCCCUGGUGUGGUAGUCGCAUAGCAACUGCAGAGAGUUAAUGUACUGACUGGGUCAUAUCACUUUAUUUCUAAGCAAUCUGCAGUAUGACCACCAUAGUUGCAGCCUGGGGGCUUUUGGUGUCUGAGGACGUUCGUGACAGCGACACGCCAUAUGUACACAGGUGUCAUUUUGCGUUGUCUCACUUGAACUUGACGCCAGCAAGUCUGAUCAAGUUGCAAUAUUUGUCAUACCUCUAAGUGUUAACAGGACUGUUCCUCGUAAACUGAAUUUGGCUCAGACGAAGUCAGAACUGACGUAGUCACGGGCACUGACAAACUCGGCUCUACGCCCCUCGCUCACUAUAUGGCUUGUACAGAUUGUUCUGAGAGUGCCGACGGAGAAUAUACCGAGAAGGGCACACAGCCACAUGCCUAACACGACCUUUCUCUCGGAGCUUCACGCAUCUGCAUCUCGGUAUUGUAGAUUUCCAGGGACAGUGAGGCUUUCUUCUGCGCCGCCAAAGAGUGCGACAUGUUUGUCAGAGUAUGGAAGGAGACGAAGUGACUCUCCGCGAACAGCUUUUCCAUGACCGUGUCCGCGAGACCAUAAUUUGUGUUCUCCUCUUCUCAUCCCUCUACAUCAUUUGCUACCUCAUUGUCACACACUACAGGAAGAAUGCAGAGUUUUCCACCGAUGACGACGAGGAUGCCACUGUCAACAAAAUUGCACUGUGGCUCUGCACGUUCUCGCUGUCGGUGUCGGUGGGCGCAGUGCUGCUUCUCCCUAUCGCCAUCCUGUCCAAUGAGGUCUUACUCACCUUCCCGCAGAGCUACUAUGUGCAGUGGCUGAACGGAUCCCUCAUUCAUGGACUGUGGAAUUUUGUCUUCCUCUUUUCCAACCUUUCGUUGGUGUUCUUCCUACCCUUUGCCUACUUCUUUACCGAGUCUGAGGGCUUCGCUGGAUCCAAGAAGGGUGUGAUGGCGCGUGUGUAUGAGACUGCCGUGGUGUUAGUCCUGCUGACCCUGCUGGUGUUGGGUGUGGUCUGGGUUGCUUCAGCUCUCCUGAAUGACACCUCAGCCAGAGAGAGCCUAUAUGACCUAUGGGAGUAUUACCUGCCAUAUAUGUCCUCCUUUAUCUCCCUGUCUGGAGUACUUCUGCUGUUGUUGUGUACACCCCUAGGCGUGUCCCGCAUGUUCAGUGUCACUGGGAGGCUUCUUGUAAAGCCAGGGCUGUUAGAAGAUGUGGAUGACUCUGUGAGUUGCGCCAUCUUUGAGGAGGCUGCUCUCUCCCGGAAGCUCAACAUGGAAACAUCUUGUUGGGUGAAUGUGAGAGUAGAGGUCCUGAAGAACCAGUACCUCACCAUCCGGGCACGACGGAUCGCUCUUGAGAUGCGGAGGAGAGCAUCACCAUGGCAACGUUACCUUGGGUACCCUAUCGCCAUGCUGCUUCUGCUUGCUCUGACGGUGGUGUGUGUUUUAAUAGUGUGUUACCACGUAUUGGAGCUGUUGUUUGACGAGACAGCUUUGCCCAGAGGGAUGGAGGAUCCUCUAUUCGGAGCUGCCUCUUUCUCUGUGUUUGGAUCCCUGGGUGCAGCUGUGCAAGUCAUCCUCAUCCUGUAUCUUAUGGUGUCCUCUGUGGUGGGUUUCUACUGCUCGCCUCUCUUUUCCAAUCUGCUGCCCCGAGCUCGGGACACAACUUUAACGCAGAUUAUUGGAAACUGUGCCUGUCUGCUGGUACUGAGUUCAGCUCUGCCUGUGUUCUCCAGGACUCUUGGCAUCACUCGUUUCGAUCUGCUGGGGGACUUUGGUCGGUACAACUGGCUGGGGAACUUCCACAUUGUGUUCCUGUACAACGUUCUGUUUGUUGGACUCACAUCUGCCUGUCUCAUCAAUACACUCACGUGGGCCGUGCAGAGAGAACUCAUACGGGCGUUCGGCCUGCAUAAACUGCCUUUGACAGUUUCACGCUCAGCCAUCCCUCUCAAGCUUCUUUUAGCAAAUGGGCUCUCAAAGAUUCAGUGAUGAUUCAGUGGGAUGUCCAACCUCAUUCAAGCUAGUGUCCUCCUACCAAAGACUCCUUACCUUAUUGCAGGUCUCGGUAGCUGGAUCCUACAGUUCCUCAAAGAAGUUUGACAGUUGGUCAGUUUGAUGACACUUUUGCUGGACCUUUCAUCACAAUCAGGCGAGCUUCAGUGCCACCUGAGAAUUUAACGAGUACUGUACCAAAUAUGCAAUAUCCUGUACAGCAGGGACCAAUCGAACGUUUUGCCCUGAUUAUAGGGAUGGCAACUGGAUGCAGUUAAUGCUGCACUUAAUGACUGUUUUGCCAAAAAAAAGAUGAAUGAAUGUGUAAGUGAAAUUCCGAAUUCAGAUGUGAUGUGAUAUAAAGGGAUAAUUGCCAAUGUUGUUUGUUCAUCUGAUACACUGCUUAAUGUUUCACUUGUUCACCAUUCUCUUGAUGAGUGAGAUCUAUGCAAGGACAGAAAGCAUGAUCAGCGAACUGACUUGGGUCCUGAAGUAAAAUGUUUGAGGCACCCCUGCUAAGCGUCAGUAGGAAGAGAUAAUGGGGAAUGGGAGAGAGUGAUGUAGAAGAUUAAAGUCUCCUAACAAGAGCAGGAGUUCAAUUACACAUACUCCUCUCCACCUUUAGUUGCAUCCUAUAUUGCAUAAUUGGUUGAAAAUGUUGGUUUUGAGAAUAAUAAUACUGUGGCUUCUAGAGGUUUUGGAGUAUUUAAACGGUCUAUUUGACUGUUAUCAUAAAAAUAGAUAUAGAAAUAGAAAGCUCUGACAAAAUGCCUUUAUAAUCACAGAUGAACAUGCUAAUGUCCAUUUAGGUUACUAAACAAUUUGUACACCAGCCUCAAUAUUUUGUGAUUUUCUGACAUUUGAUUUAUUUUCAAAUCACUCUUUUACAACCAUUUGAUCUUACUUUUAUUUUUCAGACUAUUGUAAUCUGUUUUCAGAAGUGUGUUGAGAAUAAUGAACAGGUGUGAACAAUCAGAAGAAAUAUUCUUACUGUGAAUGCCUUUACCAGUGAUAUUAUUUGCCUACAUUUGAUCAUAAUAAUAUAUUUCACUGUUCAGUUAGUGUAAAAAAGGAGUCUCGAGACCAGAAAUUGAAGACCAAGUGAAACUAUAAAAACGUUUACAAUUUGUGUGGGUAUGUAGAUGGUUUCUCUGUAUAGUUUUUUAUUUGUGUUAACGUGCCUCUAUUACUCUAUAUGUAUAGAGUAUACACUAUGUGUAUGUAUGUGUUCCUAUAUGUAUAUGUUAGUAUGUGUCUGUGUGUGGACAUUAAUAUGUGCAAUACCAUUUCAUACCAUAGUGACAAUCAAUAUUUAGUGCGUGCCAAAGGAAGCAGUUACUUCUGUUCUAUGAACCUCGACCUUUCUUUCAUGCAUUUAUUUAGAUCUCUGAAGGUACACUCCUUUUUUCUACUGAGCCUUUUGUUUGUGAGUUAAUCUAUGCAUUUGUGUAUUUAUUGGUAUUCAUGUCUAUUCAUUUGUUAUGAAUGUGAGUUUAAUGAUUAUAAUGGAAACUAUAAUCUUAUGCCUCACCAAAGAACAGUUGUGUGACUGUGUUAAUACUAGAUACUAAGUAUACCUAGAUACUGUUGUUCCAUACAUUACUAGUGUAAAUGUAAACAGUUCUACAUGUAGGAAAUAUUCAAAAUGAAAAAUCCUCACAUAUCAAACAAACCUAUAGGAAUUUACACAUUAUAUAUAUAUAUAUAUAUAUAUAUAUGUCUGUGAGGUGACAUAUGGAACAGUGUGUUUUGGAUUAUAACUGAUCCAUAAGACAAUCAUCCAAUUGAACUGUCUCUGAUCAAUAAUGUGCUAAAACACAUCAUAUGUUAUCUACAGGGUCUCACUGGUUUAGACAUAGCGAAAAAAUGUGUCCAAAUGUGAUCUUUUGGGCUUCUUGCAUAAGCGAGAGUUAAUGUUUAAUGUUUAUGUCUCCAGAUAUAGCCUACAUAAUGUUGAAGGUUCAACUAUCUCAAUAUGUUUGUGCAGGCUUUGGCAUUGUAGUUUAGACAUACAACUGUGAGCAAUAAUUUUGGGUAGUUUUUAAGUUUUUAGGAUUUGAAAUUACAUCCAUCCGGUCAAGAAAGUGUUUCACUUGUUGCUGUAUGAUUUUCAAAAUGCUCUGUUUGCUUAGAAUGAUGAAUGGAAAUGACCCUGUAGAAAAUGUGAAUAAUUUGUCUGUUGGGUAUAUAUUAAAAGUUGGAAAAAGAAAAA